AUGAAGAUAGACGCCCUAAAGUCCGAGUGCGAAUUUUACCUCAACAGCUGCCCGGGGAGAUCGAACCUAGCCCCAAACACAGCGUUCAACGGCAUCACCCAAGACUUUCUUGACGGAAAGUAUGACGACAAUAACGAGGCCCUGGACAUAAUCACCAAAAUGGUGUCGUAUCGCAACACCUUAACGAGAUCAGCAACAGCACUAUUGGCCCUCGCGGGGAUAUUCAAGCCCAACGGAUUAGACUGCGCGGAGUUCGACUUUGAAACUUUCCAAGAAUCGCAGGAGUACAAGAAUAAGAGGGGCAAAUACGAACAUGCCUUAAGGCAGGUCGCUCGGUUCGAUAGGGUCUUUUUUCCUCCUCCAGAUGACGAGGAGGGGAGGCCGUGGGUUAAGCCGGUUAAGUAUGUCGCUGCGGCGCUGACGCUGGAUGAUAAUAUCGACUCGAGCGAGGAGAUUGCGGAUGCGGUGCAACGGAUUACAUCGAGUAUGUACAUGAGCCUCUUCAUUCUGCAAUGGCGCUAA